UCUUUCCUUUUGUAUUUUUAUUAUUAUCUCUCUGCAUUCCCUUCUCUUCUUGUCUUCCUCCUCUAUUCUUCUUUCUCGCUCGCUCGAGAGCUUAGUGAUGGCUUUGAAGGGAAAGGGGAAGCAGGUGGCCGGAAAAGCGCUGGACGCCACUGCUGCCUCCUCUUCCUCCGGGAAGAGGAAGAAGCCGGCAGCCGAGGAGGAGGCCUCCGGCGGCCGACGCAAGAAGAAGCGUCCGGGAGUCCUCCAGUUCUUCGACGACGCCGCCGUGGACGCCGACUCUGACGAUGAGGACGAGGAUCUUGAUCUGGGGGAGGAAGACGCUGACUUGGUAACAGAUUUCAUGGAUGCAAGCAAAUCAGGAAAUGAAGAUAUCAGGCCAGUUGGGAAGUCCCAUCCUGUUCCAUUUUUCUUAAAGGAAGAAGAGUUGAGUGGUGAUGAACUAGAAGCACUAAUUAAAGACCGGUAUGGCCAUGGUUCAGAGUUUGUUGUGUAUAAUGAAGAUUCUAAAGAACGUGAUGACAGAAUAUCAGAGGUGGAUUCACUGAAGGAUCCCACAGUUUGGAGGGUCAAAUGUAUGGGUGGACGAGAGCGACAGAUAGCCUUCUGCUUCAUGCAGAAAUACAUUGAUCUUAACAACUAUGGAAGCAAAAUGCAGAUAAUUUCUGCAUUUGCGCUCGAUCAUGUCAAGGGUUAUGUUUUUAUUGAAGCUGACAAAGAAUGUGACAUUAUAGAGGCAUGCAAGGGAUUUUAUAGUGUAUAUUCAAGUAAAAUCAAUCGUGUCCCUGGAAGUGAAGUUCCUCAGUUGUUCUCUAGUCGUAGUAAAUCAUGUGAAGUAUCAGAAGGUUCAUGGGUACGCAUGAAGAGUGGGAAAUACAAAGGUGACCUGGCACAGGUUGUGGCUGUUGAUGAUGGACAGAAAAAGGUGAUGGUAAAGUUGAUUCCUAGAGUUGAUCUUCAAGCUAUUUCUAAGAAAUUUGGUGGUGGGAUAUCUUUGAAGCAGGCUGCAGUACCGGCCCCACGCUUGAUUAGCUCUCAUGAACUAGAAAUGUUUAGGCCCCAUAUUGAAGUCAGGCGUGAUCGUCAGACUGGAGAGAUUUUUGACAUACUUGAUGGUUUGAUGCUGAAGGAUGGUUUUUUGUACAAAAGGGUGUCCAUUGGAUCAGUAAUCUGCUGGGCAGUACAGCCAUCAGAUAUGGAACUUCUGAAGUUCUCCAAUGUCAGUAAGGUUGGGGAUGAGGACUUAACUUGGGUCUCAAGUGUAUAUCGUGGGCGUAACAAAAUGCGGUUGUCUGAAGCAGCAGAUCAGAAAGUAUUAGCUAAGAAAGGGAAUGGUUUCAAUCUCCACGAUUUUGUGUUGUUUGGACACAAGGCUUUUGGUGUUAUCAUUGCUGUGGAGAAAGAUGGCUUCCGGAUAUUGAAAGGAGGCAUGGAAGGACCGGAAGUAGUGACAGUUAAGGUUCAGGACAUAAAGAGUGCUUGUGUUGAUAAGAUGUUCACAGCUUCUGAUCGGUAUAUGAAAACCAUAUCCAUUAAUGACACUGUCAAGGUUUUAGAAGGGCCAUUGCAGGAUAGACAAGGAAUUGUGAGACAUAUGUACAAGGGCACACUCUUCAUUUAUGAUGAAAAUGAAACAGAGAAUAGUGGGUUCUUUUGUGCCAAGUCUGCAUCAUGUGAGAACUUGAAGGAAUUGAAGGGUGAGAAAUCAAGUCAUUCAUUCUUCCAACCACCUAUGAGAUCUUCUGAGGAGCAGGAUAGAAGUCAUGGUUUUAACUGGCAUCGCCAAAGUGACAGAGAUCAAAUCUUCUCUAUUGGCCAGACCUUGAGAAUUCGAAAAGGUCCUUUGAAGGGGUAUCUUUGCCGUGUUGUGGGUGUAUACCGCUCGGAUGUCACUGUUAAGCUGGAUUCUCUGGUCAAGGUCAUCACAGUUGAGGCUGAGUAUCUCUCCGUUCCAAAUGUGAAGAGGGAUGACUCAGCUGCCACAACAUCCAAUACUUUUGGAACCCAAGAAGGGUUGUCUAUAGCAGGACAACAUGUGGAUAAUGGUCAAUGGGAUGCUAGCGUACCAUCAUUUGGCAGGGGUUCUUGGCAAGCCUUUCCUGGCAGCAAUUCUUCAGAUGUAGACAAUAAUGACCAUAAAUCAGAUGAAGGACAUGAUGCUGAUCCUUGGGGUAGCAAGGUUUUAUCUGGCGCUAGAGCUGAUGCAUGGCAUUCUAGUAAAGCAAUGGAUGGCUGGGGUAAAGCAGCUGGUUCUAGUGGAGAGCAGGACUCACAAUGGAAUAUGACAGCAGCUGGUGACAAAGUUACUGAUCAAGCUAGAAAUUGUAUAGAAGAUGCAGAUGGUUGGAAUGGCAAGGCUUUGGCUAAAACCAGUACUGAAAUUGAUGAAUCGAAGAAACCAAAACCUCAAAGCAGUGAUGCUGGGGGUUGGGGAAGAGGCGACUUUGGAAGUGGGAAUAAUCUGGAUCCCACUGAGAAUGUUUCAGGGAACUGGGAUAAGCAAAGAGAUGAUGAUCUAGGUGAUUCUCGGAAAAAUUCUGAUGGUGUUAGUGGCUGGGACAGAGCAGCAACCAGCAAGGACAAAGGAAAAGACUUAAGUUGGGAUCAGUCAAAUAACUGGACGCACCCUGAAGUUGUUAGUAUUGACAAAGCAAGUUGUUGGGAUGUUAAAGGCAAAGGAAUAAUUAGUAAUGAGGAUGAUUCUUGGGGCAAAGCUGCAAGGUUUCGAGAGAAAAAUACUAAUGAAGAUUGGGGUAAAUUUUCUGUUGGUUCAAGCCAAAUUAAAGAAAAAGAUACCGCUAGGUCUGAUGGGGGAGAACAAGCUGAUCGCUGGGAUGCUGCUGCUUCAAAUUGUACCCAGUCAUCUGUGCAACAUGGAGGUCAAAGUAGGAGCUGGGAUAAAGCAAGAGAUCUUCAUGUUGGUCGACUGGAUAAUUGGGGCAAGUCAGAAGAUAAAAGUAAGGCUGAAACUAGAGACCAGAACAAAUCUGGAUUCUCUAACCAAACUCAAAAUGCCAGAUGGGAAGAACCAAAAUCUUUUGGCGGAGAUAAACCUGGAGGUCAAACUAGCAGUUGGGACAAAGCAAAAGAUCCACAUGGUGGUCAAUCUGAUAACUGGGGAGAGGUGAAUGAGACAAGCAGAGCUGAACCUGGAGGCUGGAGCAAAGCUGGAUUUUCUAGCCAGGGUGAGAAUGUCAGACGGGAUGAACCUCAGAAUGCCAGAUGGGAUGGAUCAACAUCUUUUGGUAGAGAUAAUGCCUCCAACUGUGGGAAAGUGGUAGAUGGAAGUGAUCAGAUGGACAACUGGAAGAAACCAAGAAAUUUUGAAGGGGGGCAUGGAUUUGGUCAGGGAAGAGGCAGGGGUUGGAAUGCGGGGGAAAGUGGAAAAAGAGAUCGAGAUGGCAGCUGGAAUUCUGAUGGUAGUCAGAAGUCAAGUUGGGGAAAAGGGUGGGAUAGAAAUAAUGAAGCUGGUGGAGAUGGAGGUCAAGAAAAUAACUGGAACCAACAAACAGGCUCUGAUGGUGGCAGGGGAUCCAGAUGGGGAGGUGGAAGAGGUCGUUAUGGAGCAAGAGGUAGAGGUGAAGAUGAUAAUUGGAGUGGGCCUGGGGCUCGUGGGGGAUGGGGAUCUGCAAGGGGAGGUGGUAGGGGUCGAAAUGGAGGAGGUAGAGGUGAAGAUGAUAAUUGGAGUGGGCCUGGGGCCCGUGGGGGAUGGGGAUCUGCAAGGGGAGGUGGUAGGGGUCGAAAUGGAGGAGGUGACAAUGCAAGUAGUUUCGAUGGCACACGGUCAUUUGGUCGUGGUCGAGGUCGUGGUCGUGGUUGUGGUUGGGUUCAGUCUUCUAACCUCAAGGAUGACCAAGAACAUUGUUGGGAUGGAACCUUCCAAAAAACUCCAUCUAGCUGGGCUGACAAGAAAACUCCUGGAUGGGGCAAGUCCAAAGGCUCUAGUGAAAUUGAAGAAUCAGCAGAAAAUAUUGAUCAGCAAGGUGGCUGGAAUGGAAGAAAAUCUUUUGAUGCAGGCUGCUCAUCUGGCUGGGGUGGACAGUCUUCUGACUGGAAGAAGGAUGAAGCAGCCAACAAUUGCAGUCCCAACUCCUUGAAUUGGAACAAGGAAGCAUCUUUGAAAGAGGCAUCUGGAGGUGGAGAUAACUGGAAUAUGUCCAAUCUUUCUGGUGGAAAUCAGUCCUCUGGUUGGGAUAAGUGGUCAUCUGGCAAUGAACAAGUCGGUAAAGCUGGAGCAGGUUCUGCGAAGGGUUGGAACAGUUCAAGACCUUCAGAUAAGAAACAAUAUUGUGGGUGGGUUGACAAGACAUUAGCUGGAAAUGAAGAAGCAUGUCAAAAGACAGUUGGAGGUCAAGAAUAUGAAGCUGAUCCUUGUGGUAGCAAGGUGGCAUAUGGGGCCAGAGAUGAUGCAUGGAAUUCUAGUAAAGCUGCAGACAACUGGGGUAAAGCAGCUGAUUUACACAUGGAACAGAUUACACCAUUGAGAAAAGCAACAGUUGGUGAGAAGGCUAUUGAUGAAGGUCGAGAUGGUGAUUGUUCAAAAGAUACAGAUGGUUGGAACAGAACUUCAUUCAAAAGCAGUCCUGGAAUUGAUGGAUGUGAGAAAGCAAAAGAACUUCCAAGCAUGGAUGCUGGUGGGAGCUGGGACAAAGCAGAGAGCAACAAGGAUAAAGGUAAAGGUGUCAGUUGGGAUAACCCAAGUAGUUGGGCAUGCCCUGAAGUUGUUAGCAAUGAUAAAGCAAAUGUGUGGGACAUCAAGGGCAAAGGAGUGGUUAGAAAUGAAGAGGAUGUUUGGGGCAAGUCUUCCAAAUCUCAAGAGAACAAAAAUGAAAGUAAAGAUUGGGGAAGCAAUUCAAGCCAAAAUAGAGAAGAAGAUUACAAGUUCAUUGGUGGAAGCAAAGCUAACAAUUGGGAUGCUGCCGCAUCUCAUUGGACCCAAUCAGCAGCACAUGGAGGCCAGAGUACCAGCUGGGAUAAAGCAAAUGAUCCACAUAGUGGUCAAUCUGAUAACUGGGGAAAGGCAAGAGAGAAAAAUGAAGCUGAAGCUGGUGGUUGGAGUAAAACUGGAUUCUCUAGCCAAAUUCAAAAUGCCAGAUGGGAUCAAACAAAAUCUUUUGGCGGAGAUAAUGCAUCCAACUGGAGCAAAGGAAUAGACAAUGAAGAUGCUUUCAGAAAUGGUAGGUCGGACAACUGGAACAAACCAAGAAAUUUUGAAGGGGGUCGUGGAUUUGGUCGGGGAAGAGGAGGGGGUCGAAAUGCAGGUGGAAGUGGAAAUAGAGAUCAAGAUGGCAACUGGAACAAACCAAUGGAGCGUGAGGGGGGUCCAAGAUCCGGUUGGGGUAGAGGAAGGGAUGGAAAUAAUGAAGCUGGUGGAGGUAGAGGUCAAGAUAGCAAUUGGAAUCGGCAAAGAGAUUUUGGUGGUGGUACGGGAUCAAGCUGGGAAAGAGGAAGCGGUCAUUCUGGAGCAAGAGGAGGUAGAGGUCAAGGUGAUAAGUGGAAUGGACCAGAAAAGGAACGGGGAUUGGGAUCUUCUAGGGGAGGAGGUUGGGGUCGAAAUGGAGAAACUGGGGAUGAGAGGAAUGAAUCUGAUGGUAGACAGUCUUAUGGACGGGGGCGUGGUUGGAUUCGCUCUUCUAAUGGGAAAGAAGAGCAGGAAAACUUUGGGGAUGGAACUUUUCCAAAAGCUUCAACAUUUAAUUGGGCCAAUGAUCAAAGUCUUGGGUGGGGUAAAUUGGAUAAAGGUAAAUCUUUUCAUGCAGGUGGCUCAUCUAGCUGGAGCACACAGUCCGCGGACUGGAGCAAGGAUGGAGCAAGCAACAAAUGGAACAGUCCCGACUCCAGUUGGAAUCCAGGAGCAUCUGUCAAAAAGGCAGCUGGAGGUGGAGGUAACUGGAAUGCAACUGAUCCUGGUAGAAGUCAUUCAUCUGGUUGGGAUAAGUGUUCUUCUGGUAAUGAGCAAGCUGGUAAAGCUGGAGUAGCUGCUGAAGGGGGAUGGAACAGUUCGAAACCUUCUGGUAAGGAGCAUUCUUUUGGGUGGGAUGACAAGAUUUUAGCUGGAGAUGAAGCUGGUAAAAAGACAGUUGGAGGUAACAAUGGAGGAAACAAUUGGAACACCACCAAAUCAGCUGGUGGUGGUCAGUCAUCUGCUUGGGAUAAAUCCUCAUCUGGAAAUGAGGAAGCUGUAGCUGCUGAGAUUUCAAGCAAAGCCAAAGAAGAUGAAGGUAGUGGACGUCAGGGGAGCAGCUGGGAGAAAGCUGCGGCAGGAAGGGCCAAAUCUAAAGAUGGAAGUGCAGGUAGAGGAGGGUGGUAGUCUGGCAUGUCAGAUGUAGAUAGACGUGGUUUAUUCUGGCUGUGCCCGUAAAUAUUGGGUCUGUUUGUUUGGUUAGACCCGUUUUGUUCUUUGUUUUAUGUCUUGUAGAUGGUUAGAACUAAAAAAGGUUAUCCUCAAUUGCUUGCUUUCUUCAAUUGUUAGCAGGAAUCUUUUUGAUGUCGUUUGGGGAUCAACCAAAUGGACUAAGUGCCAGUCGGAUUGUCAUAUCAUCGUGUCAUCAAAUGUGUUAACCUCAGGGGGUAUGGAGGUUGUUCUGGGAUGCCAAAAUGUGGUGUGAACAGAAUACAACGUCAUUGUAAAUGUGGCUGGAUUCUUGAGUACAAAUUCAAAGUAGGUGCAGAUGGAUGCUAUGAAUCUAGUACGUUGUUUGCAA